AGGGGCGGGGGUUGGGAAGAUGGCGGCUCCCAGCCUCCUCAACUGGAGGCGGGUUUCUUCCUUCACGGGGCCGGUUCCCCGUGCCCGGCACGGACACCGGGCCGUGGCCAUUCGGGAGCUGAUGAUCAUCUUUGGUGGGGGCAACGAGGGCAUCGCGGACGAGCUCCACGUCUACAACACGGUUACAAAUCAGUGGUUCCUACCAGCUGUUAGAGGAGACAUCCCUCCAGGCUGUGCUGCCCAUGGAUUUGUCUGUGAUGGUACCAGAAUAUUAGUAUUUGGGGGAAUGGUUGAAUAUGGAAGAUACAGCAAUGAGUUAUAUGAGUUACAAGCAAGUCGUUGGUUAUGGAAAAAAGUGAAGCCCCAUCCCCCUUCUUCUGGUUCACCGCCUUGUCCUCGGCUUGGACAUAGCUUUUCUUUGUAUGGUAACAAAUGCUAUUUGUUUGGUGGCCUGGCAAAUGAAAGUGAAGAUUCAAACAACAACGUGCCCAGAUAUUUAAAUGAUUUUUAUGAGUUGGAGCUACAACAUGGUUCUGGUGUUGUGGGUUGGAACAUUCCAGUGACUAAAGGGAUUGUGCCUUCUCCAAGAGAAUCCCACACAGCUGUUAUAUAUUGCAAAAAAGAUUCUGGGAGUCCUAAAAUGUAUGUUUUUGGUGGAAUGUGUGGUGCUCGCCUGGAUGACUUAUGGCAACUUGACUUAGAAACUAUGUCAUGGUGUAAACCAGAAACUAAAGGGACAGUGCCACUUCCACGAAGCCUUCACACAGCCAGUGUUAUAGGAAACAAGAUGUACAUUUUUGGUGGAUGGGUUCCACAUAAGGGGGAAAAUAAUGAAACUUCACCUCAUGAUAGUGAAUGGAAAUGUACCAGUUCAUUUUCUUACUUAAAUCUGGAUACAGCAGAGUGGACCACCCUAGUAUCAGAUUCUCAGGAAGAUAAAAAGAAUUCAAGACCAAGACCAAGAGCUGGGCACUGCGCUGUUGCGGUCGGCACUCGACUGUAUUUUUGGAGUGGAAGAGAUGGCUAUAAAAAAGCGCUGAAUAGUCAGGUGUGCUGCAAGGACCUUUGGUAUCUUGAUACUGAGAAACCACCAGCACCAUCACAAGUACAACUGAUCAAAGCCACUACCAACUCUUUUCAUGUCAAAUGGGAUGAAGUGCCUACAGUUGAGGGCUAUCUUUUGCAGUUGAAUACUGAUCUGCCGUACCAAGCUGCAUCAUCAGAUUCUUCAGCAGCACCAAAUAUGCAAGGAGUCAGGAUGGACCCUCUCAGACAGGACAGUAAUAGCAUCAUUCCUAACAGUAUCAAUGAUACAAUGAACAGUGCAAAAACUGAACAUACAGCUACAAAAGGAACUCCAGUGGAAAACAAACCAGAUCUCAAAGCAUCAACUGACUCUAAUGCCAUUUUACAUUCAUCUUUGGCAACUAAUGCUUCUAAUCAUAAUAGUUGUGUGGUGGAUAUGCUAAGGAAAAAUGAAGGUCCUCACACUUCAGCAAAUAUAGGUGUUCUAAAUACUUGCCUGGACUUACGAACAGUAAUUCCUGAAACUUCUGUAUCCAGUACUGUUUGCAGCGCACAAACUAUGGUAACCCAGCAGACCAUUAAAACUGAAUCAUCCAGUACAAAUGGGGCAGUUGUUAAAGAUGAAACUUCACUAACAACAUUCAGUACCAAAUCUGAAGUUGAUGAAACAUGUGCACUGCCUGCAACCAAGAUCAGCCGUGUGGAGGCACACACCACAGCGAUGCCAUUUUCUAAAGAGACUCCUUCCAAUCCAGCAGCCACAAUGAAAGCAGGAGGAGAACGGCAGUGGUGUGAUGUAGGAAUUUUUAAAAAUAAUACAGCUUUGGUGAGCCAGUUUUAUUUGCUGCCAAAAGGGAAGCAAAGCAUCUCAAAGAUAGGAAAUGCAGACGUACCUGACUACAGUUUACUUAAGAAACAAGACCUUGUUCCAGGGACAGGAUACAGAUUCAGGGUUGCUGCUAUCAAUGGUUGUGGAAUAGGCCCUUUCAGCAAAAUCAGUGAAUUUAAAACUUGUAUUCCCGGUUUUCCUGGAGCCCCUUCUGCAGUCAGAAUUUCAAAGAAUGUUGAGGGUAUCCAUCUUUCCUGGGAACCUCCAACUUCGCCUUCUGGAAAUAUUUUGGAAUAUUCAGCCUACUUGGCGAUCCGCACAGCACAAAUACAAGAUAAUCCAAGUCAACUUGUGUUUAUGAGGAUUUAUUGUGGUCUUAAGACAUCAUGUAUAGUAACUGCUGGGCAACUUGCAAAUGCACAUAUUGAUUAUACAUCCAGACCUGCCAUUGUGUUCAGGAUAUCAGCAAAGAAUGAAAAGGGAUAUGGACCAGCUACACAAGUUCGAUGGCUUCAAGGUAACAGUAAAAAAGCACCUUUAAAUUGAAUUUCUUUUUUACUAAAGCUAUUUGUGAUUAUGAUUAUUUAUUAGUAACUGGUUAUGAAGAUUUGUCACUUAAAAGAGUAUUCUUUGUAUUUCUAGCAGUUAUGAAUUUGAAUUUGUAAGUUGUUCUUAAAAUGUAUUUGCUCAAUUCUAGAUCCAAAUAAAAACAAAAGAAGCAAAGACUCUCUGAGAAUUAGUAUAUGGAUUCUUCAUUAUAGUUAUAGCUUUUUCACAAAGGAAAAUAGUAAGAUAAAAGCUAGAAGGUUUUAUUACCCCAGUAUAUUUUAUAAAGGCCACGUCACUCAGUCAUCUUAGAGUUGUCAAGGUGAUUCUGGUAACUGGCUGUUGUACAACGUGCUGUCGUACAUAGUAAAUGUUCUCUAUGUUGUAAAGGCCCUGUCUUUGCGUGCCCCCGAACUUUAUUGUGUAUGAGCGGUGUUCCUCUAACAGCUGUCUUCUACUGGAUAAUAGAAUGUUUGUGAUAUUAAUUGUAGCAGCCAUUUAAUUUCUUUGUUUAUCUACAGUUAGCACAGAGCUUAAGAAAUUGAAAAAAAGGCAAGUUCAGAGACUCUGCUUUUGAAUUUUUUUUAUUUUCCAAGAAUCAUAGCAAAAUAUAGUGGGUUUUCUUGAUUCAUACCAAGGUGAUAUAUUGGAAUAUAUUUUUGGCCAAAGCACUCAAUUUUGGCCCUUAAUUUCUUAAUUAAUAGAUGAGAGAGUUAAAAAAAAUUUUACCUAUAAGUCCCCUUUUAGCACUUAAAUUCUGUAUUUUCAUCAGAAUGAAGUAUAUCCUUGAACAAUUUAACCUCUGUUUUCCUGGUCCUAACUUUUCUUUUGCUGAAAUUAAAACAUUCAUAAUUUAAAAUCAAAAUUAAAGUAUAUGUCCCCCUUAUUGCAGAAAGGAAUAAGCACCUUAAAAGGACACAAAUUUUGAAAUAGUGUUUUAAACAUUUGUAAGAUUUUUGUAAAUGCUCUAAAUGUUUUAUUUUUGCAUUAUUUUUACCUCGAAAUUGUAUAAACUUUUUUACAACUGAAACAUAAGCAUUAGGUAGCUUACUCAGGUUCCAUUACAACCUUAAAGACCCAGAUAGGCAUUAUGCAUACUCUGCCACAGACAGCCUGUUUUAAACCUUUUAGAAAUUUCAUGGUUUCACUGCCUAUUCAAAUCGGGAAUCAAUAUACAGAGCAAUAAUUGAAGAAAAGAUAUUUCCAACUAGGAGCUGCAGUAACUGCAGGGGCACAGGUCUCUCUUUUUUAUACCGUGUAACCUUACGCCAGUGUAGUUUGAGUAGCUAUGUCCUCCAACUUCAUGUAUAAUACUCCCAGAAAAGAUAGAUUUAAUAAAUGUGCAGAAUUGAUAUAUAUGUAUGUUCCAGUUACUAAUUUAAAGUGUAUAGAAUAUUUUAAUAUAUAAUUUUUGUAAAGAGCUGGGAUUUUUAUACUACAGUAUUUGUAAUUAAUGUGUUUCACUAAUUAAGUUUCUCUUGAAGAAAAUAUGCAAAUUGUUAGAUGCGUAAUGAGUGAUUUCCAAACUCUAAAGGUAAAAUAAAUGCACUACUAUGGUGUUGUUAGAAUACCCUUUUUUGUGACUGUAUGAAUCCUUAAUUUUUAAAUGUGUACUUUACAAACAAUGUUUACAAGGAGCUUCUCUGGUUUGUUAUCCCAGCACCUUCCUUGGUGAGAGCUUCAUUCUGCAUUUGUUUAACUCAUAUGCUUUGCUUUUAGCAUAUGCUUGCUUUUUUCACUAGUAGAAUUUUAACUUACCUCAUUAUUAUGUUUGUAAUCAUUUGUAUAGCUUCCAUAAUGUGUUUGAUAUAGUCUAAACAAAUACGUAACCAAAGUUAAAAUAAACGGUAAGCAAUUUUGCACAUAUUAAAUGCUAGGGUUUGUUGUAUAUGUGUGCGCAUUUAGUUAUAAAAAGAGUAAGAAUGGAAAGCUAUAGCAAGUAUAUGUUUCAAGCCCAAUUAUUUUAAAGAUCUGUUCAUUUCAUUAGAAAAAGGUCUGGCUUUUACCCCUUAUUCUUUGCAUUAACAGUUUGCAUCUUGAAGCACUUCUCUUAAUGACAAGAAAUAAGCUGACUUUAAGCAAAGAAUAGAGUAUUUGUUCAAGUGUACGCGUUUAUACCUAUUUAGUAUUUGGUUUAAUUUACUUUGCUUAAAUGCCUCUAUUGUUAUAAACCAGGAGGUGAAUAUGAACCUUUGGUUCUAACAUUUUAUUUUCUAGAGAGAAAGGCAUUCUUUUUCUACCAGGGGAUUUGUUAAAAUAACUCAUAUUUUUACUUUGAGGAUUAGACCAGAGUCUGAUAUUUUUUUAGCAUUUGUACAUGAAGUACUAGCCACAUUUAUCUCUCUGAUAAGUGAUUGGUGACUGAAAGAUGCCGCCGAGAAAUCUCAGUGGCUUUUUCAUUAACAGUUAAUAAGAGAUCUUUGACCUGUGUGUUCAUGACUAGAAUGGAUUGGGGUAAAUGAUAAGAGAAGUGCAUUUACCUUCUUAUGAUUGGCAUGUUUUUAAGUGAAGAUCCCUUUGAGUAGCAGUGGACUAUAUUAUGCAGAUAUCAUAGGAGGAUUUACAAUUAUUUAAAUUAGUUUCUUCUCCCAGCUGAAUAAGCAAUUCAGAUGUACAAGUCUUUGCGCCACAGUCUUCUUCCUGGGCUCUGCAACUUUCAUUCGCACAUGUAGUAAAAAGAUUUUGAUGUUGCAUGCUCUUAGAAUUAUGUUUUCUAAAAUAUUGUAUUGGUCUCAUUUCAGUUUAGUAAACUUUUGGCAAUUUAACUAGAAAUAGGGUAUUAUAAACUCACUUUCAUCUGCAUUUUUUAAAAAAUGGAAAUAAUCUGAUUGCAUGUAUAAGGCCCCCUUGCCCUAUAACUGAAUUACAUAAAUAUAAUCAUCUAUAAGAAGGUGAAACUGUUGAUCCAUUAUUUCAAAGAUUUGUAGACUAGCAAAGAUUUGUUCUGAUUAGAGAUAUGGUCUACUAUAAAGAAGAUAUUUUUAUUUUUAAAAAUUGCAGCACUUGUAGCAUAAAAAUCAUUUGUAACAUUGGAUAUAAAGAGAUUAUUAGUAUUUAAAUUAUUAUAGUCAUCUGGUCAUAAAUGAACUAGUUUGCAAAAUGGACUUGGUCUUUGACCAUUUAAGCAGGUAUAACUGACAGUUAUGUUUUCUAAGACUGAUUUUAGGCAGUUUUAUGUAUUGUGUACCAAUGAUAUGUAAAAUAAAGCACCUUUUCUACUACAACCAAUUACAGCUGUUAUUUAUUUUGAACUAUGUGAAAGGAAAAUUAGUGAUGGCAGAGUAAAUCUGUACAAAUGUGGAUUUUUAUAUUAGUCACUUAAAAUAAUAUAGGCAGGUUCAUGAAGAAUGUAUUGCGUCUAAAAUC